CUGGGAGACCAGACAGGCAACAUCAGGGUAAUCUGGUUCAACCAGGCGUACCUUGUUAAGACGCUAAAGCCCGGUACGCGCAUUGUCAUCAGCGGAGAGGCGAAGGUGUAUCGCGGGCGGAUUGUGUUUCAGUCGCCCGAGUACGACUUCUUCGAUGAGCGAGAUGGGUCUAUGCACGCCGGGCGGCUCGUCCCCAUCUAUCCCCUGACGGAAGGGCUGUACCAGCGCACAAUACGCCGCGCUGUCCGGCAGGCGCUGGAUGCCACACUUUCUCAAGUGCGAGAGUAUUUGCCGGAAGAGACGCGCCGCCUGUACGACCUGAUGCCCCUUCAAGACGCCAUACGGCAGAUGCACUAUCCGGAUGCGCCUGAACGCGUCGAGGCAGCGCGGCGGCGUCUCGCAUUCGACGAACUGCUGAUGCUGCAACUCGCGGUUGCCCGUCGCAGGAUAGAGUGGCAAUCGUCAGGCGGCGCAGUUCGGCUGAAUGCUGAGGAUGGUCGCCUCGGUGGGUUCCUUGAUUCCCUCCCUUACGCGCUUACCAAUGCACAGCGGCGGUCCCUCGAUGAGAUACUGCAGGAUAUGCAGCGCGAAAUCCCGAUGAGCAGGCUGCUGCAGGGAGAUGUGGGCAGUGGCAAGACGGUCGUGGCAACCGCCGCUCUGCUCGUUGCGGCGCUGAACGGCCGACAGGCGGCGUUAAUGGCUCCCACGGAGAUUCUCUCCGAGCAGCACUUUCUUACGAUUGCCAAGAUGUUCUCUGACGGGGCUGCCCCGAUAUCUUCGGAACCCUACUUCACGGCUUUUCUGCCGACUGAUGACAGGCAGCUCACUAUAUGCCUGCUGACAGGCAGUCUGCGAAAGCGCGCGAAAGAUGAAAUGCACAGGCGCAUCGCAGACGGCGAAGUGGAUAUCAUCAUCGGCACUCAGGCGCUGAUACAGGAAUCGGUGGACAUUCCGAGGCUCGCGCUGGUGGUGGUCGAUGAGCAGCAUCGCUUUGGCGUAAUGCAGCGAAUGAACCUGCGUGACAGGGGCGGCACGCCGCACAUGCUUGCCAUGUCGGCGACGCCAAUACCGCGCUCCGUGCGCCUGACGAUGCUGGGCGACCUUGAGCUGUCCACCAUCGACGAGAUGCCCCGGGACGAUGAGCGCGAGAGCGUAAUGCGCGGAUUUCAACUAGGUGAGAUUGACAUUCUCGUGGCAACUUCCGUUAUUGAGGUGGGUAUCGACAUCCCGAACGCUACUAUUAUGCUGAUAGACGGCGCAGACAGAUUUGGGCUGGCGCAACUCCAUCAGUUCAGAGGGCGCGUUGGCAGGGGCGAGCAUCCCAGCCAGUGUCUGCUGCUGUCCGACAGCCCGGGCGUGUCCGCCCAUGAACGAAUUCGCAUUCUGGAGCGCACGAUGGACGGCUUUGAGAUUGCGGAGGAAGACCUGCGAUACGGGGCGCCGGCGAGUACAUGGGAACGCGCCAGAGCGGCAUGA